AUGGCGCCCUUACUAGGCGAUUGGGACGGGCUAGCCCCGUCAGCCGCUUCAAAUUCUCUAUCCAAAAGUGUGUUGUAUGUUGAUGCAUAUGAUUCAUUCUCAUAUAAUGUGGUUUCAAUGCUAGAAGAGACUCUGGGGGUGAAAGUCACUGUGAUGACCAUCGAUUCUGACUGGCCUGAUGGCAAUAUGCACGAAUUUCUUCGCCAUUAUGAGGCUAUCGUUCUUGGACCUGGUCCGGGAAAUCCCAACUUGCCGAAAGAUGUCGGUAUCAUGCGUGAUAUCUGGAACCUGCAGGAUGCCGAACUGCUUCCGAUCUUCGGCAUCUGCCUCGGGUUUCAGAGUCUAUGCUUACACCAUGGAGUUCCCAUUGAACGCCUUCCGUACCCACUGCAUGGACAGGUGCAUCACAUUUCAACAAGCUCUAGCGACAUUUUCCACAAUCUCUCUGACAUAGAGGUGACUUUGUACCACUCACUGUAUGCCAAUUUGGAUGCGUUGAGUCACGCUCGAGUUUCGUCCGUGAAUGAUUUGGACUUUUUAGCCUGGUUUUCUCUUGAAAAGGAUUCAGCUCGGGGCAAAAGAAUUCCGAUGGCGGUUCGUCAUCGACAAAAGCCCUUUUGGGGUGUUCAAUUCCACCCCGAAUCGUGUAAAUCGGAAAGGGAGGCCUGCAAACAGCUACUCCGAAACUGGUGGGGCAUGGCGCUCACAUUCAAUAAGGGUGUUGGUCGUGAGGCCUAUAGGGCUUUGCCUGAGACUAUCAUCACUACUCAGGACGAGACCAGCACAUUCCCUGACAUUGCAUACGAUAUGUUGAGGUGGAGCUCUUCAACUUCAUCUGUCUCGGCACAUCGGUCUCUUGGGCGAGGAGAUUGGACUGCAGAGACCAUCAGCGAAGCUUUUAACAAGCCAGGGUCUCCGACUGUGGUAUUUCAAUCUGACGAUCGAUAUAGCAUCGUCUCGAUUCCCAGUUCUGGCUCUUGGCGGUUGGAGUACAGUGUGGGGCUACAAGAGUUGACUUUGUAUCAAUUACAUGGGGAUUGCCAAGUAAUCAAGAAGAGUCUCGCCGUGGUCCAGCUAUGGGAUGCACUCAGAUACUUGAUGGAUAUGAAAAAGGUCAGCUCUGGCAGUAUUCAUAGUCCUUUCUGGGGUGGGUUCUUAGGCUACUUCUCUUACGAACUGGGCCUCUCUUGCCUUCCUCAUCCCAAGGAAUCAGCACAAACAUAUACACUUGACCAGUCCUCGGGAAAUGCAUCGACCGGUCUGCAUGUGGAAGAUCCUCCAGAUGUCAGUCUGUUGUGGUGCGAAAGAAGUAUUGUCGUUGACAACGAGACCGGCACUAUUGUCGCACAAUCUACGCGCGAGUCAGAUGACUUGGCGGGUAGCUGGCUCGAUGAGACAUUUGAUUUACUCAAAGGCCAAACGGCAAGCGUGGAAAACACUGAAAAGUCCGACCUCGCGUUUUUAGAUUCCAUCCUCCAUCGUGGUGUCAUUUCAUUCCCCGAAGAAACGGAUUACAAAAAGCGAAUUGCAGCUUGCAAAGCUGAGUUAUCAGCAGGCGAAUCCUACGAGCUAUGUCUCACAGCCGAAACAUCAAUCACUCUACCAAUUCCACCAGCGGAAUCCGACCGUGCCGUGUUUCCAUGGAAAUUAUAUCGACGAUUGAAGAAGUACAACCCUGCUAGAUACAGUGGGUUCGCAACCCUAGGUUCGGUCAAGAUUGUUAGCAGCAGCCCAGAAUGCUUCCUCGACUGGGACCGCGAGUCUACACUUGAGAUGAAGCCCAUGAAAGGCACAGUCCGAAAGACACCCGACAUGACCCUUGCCAAAGCCAAAGAAAUUCUAUCCUCAACAAAAGAAAUGGCCGAGAACCUCAUGAUUGCCGAUCUGAUUCGGCACGAUCUAUAUGGUAUCUGUGGAUCUGGUGGAGUGCAUGUUGAGAAACUGCUUGAAGUCGAAGACUAUGGCCACGUCUACUCCAUGAUUACACAUGUCAAGGGCAAGAUUCGCCCUGACCAACCAGGGUACUCAGUCCGUCACAUACCCCAACUGAACACCUCCAACAUGGCGGUUCAUGGUCUCACGACUUUGCAGCGCUGUUUGCCCCCGGGCUCUAUGACCGGUGCACCCAAGGAGCGUUCAUGCAUGCAUCUUAAAACCAUUGAAGGACGCAAGCGGGGGAUCUACUCCGGUGUCAUGGGCCACCUUGACCUGGGUGGGGGUGGUAGCUUUGCGGUAAUGAUUCGAAUGGCUUUCACCUGCUCUUCUGAUCAAGAGCAAGAGCAAAUCUGGCGGAUCGGUGCUGGUGGUGCCAUCACGACUCUCAGCACGCAAGAGGGUGAAUGGCAGGAGAUGUUGACCAAGUUGCGUACUGUCGGCAAUAUAUUUGCUCCAUUCGACGGGGAAUAG